GAGCUUAGCUACAGCCCCCCACCCCCAGCUGCUCAGCACAGGCCACUGGGAUCCGCAGGGGUGAAAACCUCUUUAAGCAGUUUAACCUGGAAUGUUUAUUAACCGGGGGGAAUUCCUUGAGAGUUUUUGAUUAUUUGGAGAGAGUCUUUGAUUAUUUCUCCUUUUCUAGUAACAGAGAAAAAUACAGGGGAGAAAAAAAAAAAAGAUCAUGUCAGAACACAGCAGGAAUUCAGACGAAGAAGAACUCUUUGAUGAGGAGAUUGAUGAAGAUGAAAUCUUGGCCAACCUGUCCCCCGAAGAGCUAAGAAAACUGCAAUCAGAAAUGGAAGUGAUGGCCCCUGACCCCAGGCUUCCCGUUGGAAUGAUUCAGAAGGAUCAGACCGACAAGCCACCCACAGGAAAUUUUGACCAUAAGUCUCUAAUGGAUUAUAUGUAUUGGCAAAAGGCAUCCAGACGCAUGCUGGAGGAUGAACGUGUCCCUGUCACCUUUGUGCCAUCCCAGGUGGACACUCAAGAGCAGCACAAAGAAGUAGGCAAAGGCAAUAAAAAUGUGUCCCAGUAUUUAAAAGAAAAGCUCAACAACGAAAUCGCUGCAAAUAAAAGAGAAUCAAAAGGCAGCAGCGAUGUCCCAGAAACCGAUGAUGCUGAUGGUGAAGAAGAUGAAGGAGGUGACGGGGAUGAGGAUGACGAGAAUGAAGAUGACGAGGAUGAAGAUGAGGAAGGAGAUGAUGACAGCGAAGAGAGUGUGGAAAAGCCACAAAGAGGCGUGCAAGGCGGGGUAGAGCAGCAGAUCAGAAACGGGGAGAGCAGCUGCGCACAAGUAGCUAAGAAGGCAUUUGGAGAACAGAAAGACGGACCAGGGGCCCAAGAAAAAAGUGAGAAGAAAAUAUCAAAAUUAGAUCCCAAGAAGUUAGCGCUAGAUACCAGUUUUCUAAAGGUAAGUGCAAGGCCUUCAGGAAACCAAACAGACCUGGAUGGGAGCUUGAGGCGCGUUAGACAGAAUGACCCUGACAUGAAGGAGCUCAACCUGAACAACAUUGAAAACAUCCCCAAGGAGAUGUUGCUUGACUUCGUCAACGCAAUGAAGAAAAACAAACACAUCAAAACCUUCAGCUUAGCCAACGUGGGCGCGGAUGAGAACCUCGCGUUUGCCUUGGCAAACAUGCUGCGGGAAAAUAGGAGCAUUACCACUCUCAACAUCGAAUCCAACUUCAUCACGGGGAAAGGAAUCGUGGCCAUCAUGAGGUGCCUCCAGUUCAACGAGACACUCACCGAACUUCGGUUUCACAAUCAAAGGCACAUGCUGGGCCACCAUGCCGAAAUGGAAAUCUCCCGGCUGUUGAAGGCAAACACCACUCUCCUGAAGAUGGGCUACCAUUUUGAGCUCCCGGGUCCCAGAAUGGUGGUGACCAACCUGCUCACCAGGAAUCAGGACAAGCAACGGCAGAAGAGACAAGAGGAACAAAAGCAGCAGCAGCUCAAAGAGCAGAGGAAGUUGAUAGCCAUGUUGGAGAACGGGUUGGGGCUGCCCCCUGGAAUGUGGGAGAGGCUGGGGGGACCCAUACCCGAUCCCAGGAUGCAGGAGUUCCUUCAGCCUCCUUCGCAGCCUCCCAACCCCCAAGUGGCCGCCUUCAUUCGACAGAAUGAAAUGAUGAAGAAGCCAUCACAGCCCCCGAAGGACAGUAUGGACCCUGACUCAUUCCGAGUGGUGAAGCUGAAGAGGAUCCAACGCAAGUCUCGGAUGCCCGAGGCCAGAGAGCCGCCCGAGAAGACCAACCUCAAAGAUGUCAUCAGAACGCUCAAACCCGUGCCGAGAAACAGGCCACCCCCGCUGGUGGAAAUCACUCCCAGAGAUCAGCUCUUGAAUGACAUUCGCCACAGCAACGUCGCCUAUCUUAAGCCGGUGCAACUGCCAAAGGAACUGGCAUAAGUGGGAACAGAAUAAUCUUAAAAGAACAAGGAAUUGAGACAAUGAGUCCGGUCAGAGCUUGGAGACCGUCUCAGCAGCCUACUUCUGGAGCCAGGUGGUGGAACUGGGAACAAGGCUGGCAUCUGAUAGUAUUCUGUAAAGGCCGGGGCAAAAUAAGAGGCUGGCAAGGAAGGGGGAGAUAAAAAACAUUACUAUUCUGGGACAACAUUUUCUACUUCCAAUCCAUUUGAGUGACUUGGGUGAAAUUUAGUUGUGUUUCCAGUAGCAGCAUUUAAAAAAAAAAGAAUUUUUUUCCCCCCCAUAAACGUUUGUUUUACUAUUGCUUUCUUCUGGUAAAUGACAAUAAAAACUAUAGAUGUGUUAA